GACGAGAUCGGCCCUCCCUCACGACGACCGGGGUUUGCGGUGAUUCGGUAGUCAUCGACAUCCGAGACGGUGAGCAAUAUGUCGUCGCCCGAAGACGCCCAAAAGGCGUACAAUCUCGCCAUGAAACACUCGUCGUCGGGGAACCUCGAGGGCGCACUCAAAUGGGCCCGAAAAGCCAUGUCCAUGGACCCCAAUUCAUCCCAGGCAAAGAUCCUCCUCACCAGCUUGGAGAAAGGUCACAUGCCCGGGAACACCUCGACUCAAAAUCAGGCGAACGGGAGCAGUGCCGAAGCCGGGACGUCCUCUUCCUCUUCGGGAAAGAGCUCGGCGAUGCCGAACGGGACCGCAUCAGCAGCGCAUCGGCGACCGGCAGCUGCCGGGGCUUCCUCUGCAGCGGAAGAAAAGAGGCCCCAGAGGGAGUACACCAAGGAACAGGCAAAGAUUGUGACACAGGUCAACAAGGCUGGCAGGGACAAUGACUUCUACGGGGUUCUGGGCUUGAAAAAAGAGGACAAGCCGGACGAAAAUGCAAUCAAAAAGGGCUACCGGAAGCUCGCCUUACAACUGCACCCGGACAAGAACGGUGCACCUGGUGCCGACGAAGCCUUCAAGAUUGUCUCGAAGGCCUUUACAAUUCUCUCAGACUCGAACAAAAAGGCUAUCUACGACCAGACGGGCAGCGACCCAGACUCGAGGGGAGGCGGCGGUGGUGGGUCUGGAUUCAGCCAAUUUGCGAGAGGUGGGCCGGGUGGGGCAACAUAUAGGACGUAUGGCGGCGGGGGUAUGAAUGGCGAGAUUGAUCCUCAAGAUCUCUUCAACAUGUUCUUUGGAGGAGGAGGAACGACUUUCCACUUUGGCGGGCCAGGUGUGCACUUUGGGCCAGGCAUGCCAAGAAGGCCACGAGCAGGUGGCCACCAGCCACAGCAAGAAUCCACGUCGAUCCUCCUGCAGCUGCUCCCAAUUCUUAUCCUGGGUCUCUUCUCGCUCCUGUCUUAUGCGCCCACGCUCUUUGGCACACCGGACCCGCUCUACACGUGGAAUGCACAGGGCGCAUACCGGAUGCCCCGAACCACAUUGAAGCACAACGUCAAGUACCACGUCGACCCGACCGCCUGGUCUCAGCACCCCUUCGUUCAAGCCGCUGCGGGCAGUGGAAGCGCGACGAGAAAAGACACUUCGAAGCUCGACGGCUUCGAGCGGCGUGUCGAGAACUCAUACAAGAAUAUUCUCUACAACGAGUGCGAGCGCCGUCGCGACUACCAAGAACGGAGGCUACGGGCGAGCAUGGGCACCCUCUUUGGCAUUGGUGCGGAUCGAGAGGCCGAAAAGAGGAUCAGAGAAGAGGUCUACGAAAGCUGCGAGCGCUUGAGAGACUUUGGCCUCUACAUGCCACUACGAAUCUGAGAUGUACACUGCUUUCUCUUUUCAUGAUAUCGGGUCAUAGAAUCACAAUUUCAUUGUCAUACGCUUGCACAAAAUCGGAGCGAGGCUGAUCGAUUGGAGAAGUUAGAGAAAAGAGAGGGGAGAACGUUUCA